AUGAAUCUCAUUAUACUCCUUCCACUCUUCCUCUCUUCUGCUUCAGCCCUUUGGCCGAAGCCCGUCUCUUACACCCACGGCAAUACUGUACUGUUCAUUGAAAAAAGUGUUUCAUUCCUUUGGUAUGGCUCUGGCACACGCAAUGUAGGCUCAAUUGCAGAUCAACACCCAGAUCAACAACCUUUUGUAUUUGUAUCGAAUUCUAACGAUAGGUCCGAAACACAGGAACACUUGAAGCUCCGGAAACGAUACACUGAAGUUUCAUUGGACAGCCGAUCUUCUAACGGGAGCCAAGCCGUAUCGGGAGAUGAGAUUAUCGACUAUGCAAUCAAGUCCGCGUACAGUACAAUCUUCACGCAGAACUUUGUUCCUUGGAAGUACCAUCCAAGAGGCUGGGAGGAACCAUCGCCGGGAAAAACUGUUUCUGAAGUCAAAAUCAAUCUGCUCAAGAAUGACCCGGAGAAUGUCUCAAGACCCCUUGCUGGCGAAGUCGACGAGUCCUACACUCUGACUCUGACCGAAGAUGGCAAAGCGACCGUCUCAGCAAACUCCAGCAUCGGCAUAGCCCACGGCCUGAACAGCUUCACCCAGCUAUUCUACGCCCACUCUGACGGAACCCACGUCUACACCCCUCUGGCCCCAGUCUCAAUCUCCGACGCCCCCAAAUUCCAACACCGCGGCAUAAACCUCGACGUCUCACGCAACUAUUUCAGCGUCGCAGACAUAAAGCGUCAAAUCGACGCGCUCGCCUACAACAAAAUGAACCGUUUCCACCUGCACAUCACCGACUCGCAAUCAUGGCCUCUCGUCAUCCCCUCCCUCCCUACCCUCGCUGCAAAAGGGGCUUACCGCCCGGACCUCGUCUACACGCCGCAGGACUUCGCGGACAUCCAGCGCCACGCAGCCAUCCAGGGCGUUGAAAUGAUUACCGAGAUUGACAUGCCAGGCCACACAGCGAGUAUCUGGCAUGCGUUUCCGGACCUGAUUUCAGCGUAUAAUAAACAGCCGGAUUGGUCGACGUGGGCGGCUGAACCACCCUCGGGAACGCUGAAGUUGAAUUCCCCCGCGGUGUACGACUUCCUCAACACACUGCUCGCGGAUCUGCUACCGCGUGUGGCGCCGUAUUCGAGUUACUUCCACACGGGCGGGGAUGAGGUUAACAAGAAUGCGUACACGUUGGACGAGACGGUGGGGAGUAAUGAUACGGCUAUCCUGCAGCCCCUAAUGCAGAAAUUCGUGGACAGGAAUCACGACCAAGUGCGCGCUGCGGGGCUGACGCCGCUUGUGUGGGAGGAGAUGUUGCUCGAGUGGAACGUGACCCUAGGCUCUGAUGUGAUAGUGCAGAGCUGGCAGAGCGAUCAGGCGGUAAAGGACAUUGUGGAUAAGGGCCAUAAGGUGCUUGUUGGGAAUUAUAAUUAUUGGUACCUCGACUGCGGCAAAGGCCAAUUCCUCGACUUCGCCCCCUCUUCAGCCGCCGGCUUCUGGCCUUACAACGACUACUGCGCGCCCUUCCACAACUGGCGCCUCAUCUACUCCUACGACCCACUCGCCGGCAUCCCAGCUGACAAACAGCACCUGGUACUCGGCGGCGAGGCGCACAUGUGGGCGGAAAUGACCGACCCUGUUAACGUCGACCGCAUGGUGUGGCCGCGCGCGGCAGCGGUCGGGGAGAUUCUGUGGAGCGGCGCGAAAGAUGAGAUGGGGCAGAAUCGCAGCCAGAUUGAUGCGAGCCCGAGGCUGGGCGAGAUGAGGGAGAGGUUGGUGGCGAGGGGGGUGGGGGCGGAGCCAGUGCAGAUGCCGUACUGCACUAUGAAUGGGACGCAGUGUCAGUUGGGAUAUACCGGGUGA